GCAAAGCACCAUCUUUCAGUUUGAAACAUUUUCACGAGUCACUGCGGAACCAUGGGGAAAGGGAAAAGGGCUACUGUCUAUUGGGCAGCGGUUGUUAUUCUGGUGUGUUAUUUGGUACACAUGAUAGACUGCUAUCGACUGAAAAAAACACAAAGACAACACGGACAAAAAAAAGCCGAUGCAGCUAAAACGGUAGCUGUCCAAGAAGGGAAGAUUGUGUUUGGGAGAGUUUUUAAAAACGGGUCAGCCAUUGGCUCACGAGUCCUAAAGGCAGAUGCUUCCAUGGAGGGUGGAGCUGUGUAUCAAGCUGACUCUGCAGGCCUACAUUCACUAGAAGGUUCCCUGUCAGGCUGGCCUAAAGGACAAAGCCCAGAUCUCGGUUUCAGAGAAGCAGCAUGGAGGCGCAUGGCAGCUUCUCUACAAUGUGGUGGGGAUCAGUUGAAGUUCAGAGCAGUGGGACCAGGAGUAUCACAGUUUACAGUGGAUCAAGGAACAGCACCUCCAAUGCUUCUGUCCCAGGUGCCUUCCAGUUGUGGCUACAGCAUGCAGAGGAACUCCCUUGCACUUGUUAUGUUGGUUCCUUAUGAUGGCUGCAAUGUGGUUAAAGAGGGUGGAAGUUACGUGCUCCCAAUGCAUUGGCAGGGUGUUCCAGUCUCACUCUGGUGUCCCACAACUGCUACACCACAACCUGUACCCACUACACUCCAUCAAACCCUGAGACGCUCCAGACAACCACAGAGAAACCAGUAACGGCCCAAUCUCCACCAUACCCCGCUUUCUUCCCUCCUUUUUACCCCUUUCCUCCUGCUCCGCCAACCACCACAGCAGCGCCGACUACAACCACGCCUGCAAAUCCAACAUGGCCUCAAUAUG